AGUCGUGGGCUCGUGCAGUCAGAUUCUGCUUUCUACUGUCGGCUCCAGAGUCCUGCAGGUCUUCUGCCAGGAGACUCAGGGGACUAAGCUUCCAAUUCUGCACUGUAACCACUUCUGACCCCGCAUCUUUGCCUUCAGUGAGAACCUCUGAUAUAGCAUCAGAGGACACCUCGUUCGGGCGAUGUCAGCAAAAGUUACUUCGGACACGCGGAUCAGAGCUCCAGAGAUCCAGAGAUUGCACAGGAUCGCCAUGCUGUUCUCGCUAAGAGACUGCUCUGCUGCUCGACUGUAACUGCAACUGUAACUGCCCAGUUGCUGACGACGGUGGAGCAUCGGUCUGAACUCGGAUGCAAGACGUACCCAGAGCUGAUCUGAUCUACUCUAAUCCGGCUGCUGCUUGGUCCAGCGAUCCCUGUUUCCUGCUUCGUCAACAGCGCUUGCUUGCUUGCUUGCUUGCUUGCGCAUGGUCGUCAGUGAGAAGACAGCAUUGCUGCCCAUGAUGUGGAGAAUCUUGACUCCGGGGAAUUAUUCGUCGAUGACUCAAAGUCCUUACCUUCGUGGAGUUGAGAGUUUUCGUGGAAGUCUUGCACGCCCUGUUGCCACAUGCUGAUUGGAUAAGAAGAACGAGGUCAAACUCCACGCUUUGCUCAUGUCAAGCUCAAGUUCGGGACCCGACUUCGGUUCUCAAGUCGACCAUUCUCAAGUGUCAUUCCUCGGAAAAUCCGAAAGGGACAAGGCGUCGGGAGCUCGAAAUUCGGAAGCAAAAUUAGACAAGUUCUCGAAUGAAUGAACGAAUGGUUAUGUUUCGAAUCACUGUUUACUCUCGUGUCCGCCAACACACUCAGAUGCACAGUGAGUGUCAACGGAGUGUUGCAUCAUCUGCACUUCAAGCAACCUCGAGGACCAGUCCCGUCCAAUUCCGAGUCACCGUACGUCCGAUCGACUGGCCUGGCAGUGGUCCCGGAGAAUCGAAAUCUCAGAGAAAAGAAGAAUGCGAAAGUGGCCUUUGGGGGCAUGGAGCAUCUUCUUUUGGACGACAGUUCCGAGUCCAGAAUUCAAUCAAAUCCAGAGUGUCGGAUCGGUGUCGAAUUCGACGUCCGUCGAUAGCAAUGUCCCAUUUGGCCUUCUCCUCGUCUUUGCUGUGUGCCAAAGUGCCUUUGCUCUUCUUUCUUUGCCAUGGCUUUGUUCACUUUUGGAAUAAAGUAUUUUUCAUCUUUCCAUUUGUUUGGGA